CACUCACCCACCCUCCUCCAGCACACCCACCAUGGCCACCUCCACCAUGUCCCUCUGCUCCAGCGACCUGAGCUAUGGCAGCCGCGUCUGCCAGCCCGGCUCCUGCGAUUCCUGCCCCGACUCCUCCUGGCAGGUGGACGACUGCCCAGAGAGCUGCUGCGAGCCCCCCUGCUGCGCCCCCAGCUGCUGCGCCCCAGCCCCCUGCCUGUCCCUCCUCUGCACCCCAGUGUCCAGACCCUGCUGCCAAUCAAUCUGCACCAGCUCCUGCACCCCCUCCUGCUGCCAGCAGUCUAGCUGCCAGUCUGAUUGCUGCAGCUGCUCCCCCUGCCAGCCAUCCUGCUGUGUGUCCCUCUGCUGCAAGCCCGUGUGCUGCAAGCCUGUAUGCUGCAAGCCCGUGUGCUGUGUGCCCCUCUGCUCUGAGGCUUCCUCCUCCUGCUGCCAGCAGUCUAGCUGUGAGCCCUCUUGCUGCUCCUCUUCCCCCUGCCAGCAGUCCUGCUGUGAGCCCUCUUGCUGCUCAUCCUCCCCCUGCCAGCAGUCCUGCUGUGUGUCCCUCUACUGCAAGCCCAUCUGCUGCAAGCCCGUCUGCUGUGUGCCCAUCUGCUCUGGAGCCUCCUCCUCCUGCUGCCAGCAGUCUAGCUGCCAGUCUGACUGCUGCAGCUCCUCCCCCUGCCAGCCGUCCUGCUGCGUGCCCGUCUGCUGCAAGCCCGUCUGCUGCUACAGACCCUCCUCCUGCGUGUCCCUGCUCUGCCGCCCCGUGUGCAGACCCGCCUGCUGCGUGCCCGUCUCCUCCUGCUGUGCCUCCUCCUGCCAGCCCAGCUGCUGCCGCCCAGCCUCCUGCGUGUCCCUGCUCUGCCGCCCCACCUGCUGCCGCCCGGCCUGCUGUGGUGUCUCCUUGGGCCAGAGGUCCUGCUGCUGACCGGCCAUGUCCCCAGGGCCAGCGGGCUCAGGCCCCUCCAUAGCAGGGCCCCUCACCACCCGCAGUCUGCCCCUGAGCAGGGUGAGGUGACUGGACAGCCCAGGACAGGUCUUCCCUGUGUCCACGCACUGACCUGACUCCCCGAGUCACACCUGCCGUCUGGGUCACCGGCCUUGUCCUCCCCCUCUCAGCUCCUCUUGGGCUCAAUAAACUCACUGACCACCCAAGUCUUCCUCUCCUGCUGUGGACACAGGGUGGGAGCAGACUCGUGCUCUAGGGGAGCCUAGGAGGGUGACUCGAGCUGGAGAUGGUGAGGGACGGUGUCUGGCUGCUCCGAGGUGGUCACCAGUGGGUCACCACGCCAGAAAGGCUGGGUCCUGCCCCAUCCUCAAGCCUGCGGCCUCCUGAGGCUGCUCGCCCCCCACGUGCCCUGGGGUCCUGUGCAGUCCCCGCCCACUGCCCCCCCAGGCCAGCCCACCCUGUAGAGUCCCCCACUGGGAAGCGCCCCAGGGCCCUAUCUGCCUGGCAGACGUGCGCUGGGAACGGGCUGGCCGCCAUGUUCCCGGGAGGUCAUUGCUCAGUGGCCGCAGUGGGUUACUGAGCUGGGGUGGGUAGGGACACACCAGGUCCCCUGCAGCUCGGGCACUCUGUCCCCCGGGAGCCUGGGGCUCUGCAUGAGGGCAGCACAGGCCAUUCUGUGGACAGUAGCCCCUCCUCUUGCCGGGACAACAUUGGACAACAGAUGAGGGCACUGUGGACAGCACCUGGCCAGUACCCAGAGUUCUCCAGGAGAAGUUUGUUGAGGGGCUGUGGCAGCUGCUGGGACUGUCACUGCCCAUACAGCAUUGUCUCCAGCAUGUCCAAGACGACAUGCUGCCCCUCAGGCUCCCCGCCCACUGUGGCCUCCACUGGGCCUUCCUUCUGCAGACCAUCGUGCACCCCAGGGGCUGGUCUGGAACCUACAGAGGGAGCCCCACUGCCCACCAGCUGCGCACGAUGCCCUCCACCCGCUGACCAGGCCUCUGCCGUCCUGUCGUGUUUGGAAUUGGCUUUGGGGGGGGGACAGGCUAGUGUGAGCCCAGUGGUCCUCUCGGGGCAGUCGAUGAGUUUGGAGGGGCCCGCCCUGCAGCCCACCUGGGUCUGGACGGAGCACUGGGGUCCCUUUCCUAGUGCCCUUGGCUGUGCUGCCGGGGGCUGUCACUGUCACCUGUUACCAAGACACCAGGAGGAGGCAGGUGUCCUCUGUGCCUGGCGGCUCCUGGCUCCCUGUCAUGCACGUCUGUGGCCGACCCCCUCCACGCUGCCCAGUGGGGCUCUGUUGCCUGGACCCAAUGUGGACCCAGGCUCCUGCUGCCACCCCUGGGCGUCUCCAGGUCUCAGGGACGAGCAAGAGCGCUCCAGGGACCCGGGUCCUGGGUUGCGUGGGAACAGGUGUCCUGUGCCCUGGGUCAGUGCCCGCCCAGGGCUGCGCGGUGCUCCCUCCCCUCAGCCAGGGCCGAGCCAGUCCUCACCCCGUGCCCUCAGCACCUGGGCUUGGGCAUGGCGGCACCCAUGUCCCCUAGCGGCUGAGCGUGGGGCGUCCCCUCGUGUCUGUCACACCGUGGUUCUACAGUGAGAGUCGAUUCACACCUUCUGCCCGGGUUUCUUCAAUCAGGUCGUUAGUGUCCUUAUGAUUAAUGUGCCAGUGUUCUUUACAUAUUCUGUGUGUGUGUGUGAGUGUGUGAG